AGUGGCAGGAGCCAAUGGCCCAAGUAGGGGCGCUUCCUGGGGUCCUCCACCGCGGCCUUUUUCCUGAUCUUCCGCGCCAGCCGCGUUCUCUCGGUGACCAGAGGCGUCUCGGGUCCGGUGGGGCGCGGCGCGGAGCUCCGGGAGGCGGGGACCCCGGCGUCGCGCCCCGCCCUCCAGAUCCUCCCGCCCGCGCUCCCCGAGGCCACAAAGCCGCGCUUUGCUUGUCGUGCCCGCUCGGCUCCCGCUCCCCACUCGCCCAGCCCGGGGCAGCUCCCUCUCCAGCCGCUGCCGCGGGGAUCCUGAGGAGGUCCGUGCCCACCAUGCAGGCUCAGCUCUGGCUGCUGCAGCUGUUGCUGCUCCGCGGGGUCGUGCGCGCGCUUAGUCCCGCAACACCCGCAGGUCAUGAUGAAGGCCAGGGCUCUGAAUGGACUGCCAAGAGGACCAGGCAAGGCUGGAGUCGGAGAGCCCGAGAGAGCCCUGGGCAGGGGUUGAAGCCAGGCAGGACCCAGCUAAGCCAGGACCUGGGUGGGGCCUCGCUGGCCAUUGACACACUACCGGACAACAGGACCAGGGUGGUGGAGGACAACCACAACUACUAUGUGUCCCGAGUCUAUGGCCCUGGUGAGCGUCGCAGCCGGGAUCUGUGGGUGGACAUGGCCAUGGCCAACCGGAGCCACGUGAAGGUCCACAGGAUCCUCUCAAGUUCUCACCGACAGGCUUCAAGAGUGGUCUUGUCCUUUGAUUUCCCUUUCUACGGGCAUCCUCUGCGACAGAUCACCAUAGCAACUGGAGGCUUCAUCUUUGUGGGUGACGUGCUCCACCGGAUGCUCACAGCUACUCAGUAUGUAGCACCCCUGAUGGCCAACUUCAACCCUGGCUACUCUGACAACUCCACAGUUGCUUACUUUGACAAUGGGACAGUCUUUGUGGUUCAGUGGGACCAUGUUUACCUCCAGGGCCGGGAAGACAGGGGCAGCUUCACAUUCCAGGCAGCCCUUCACCAAGAUGGCCGCAUUGUCUUCGGCUACAAAGAGAUCCCUAUGGCUGUUCUGGAAAUCAGCUCUGCCCAGCACCCUGUCAAGGCUGGCCUGUCGGAUGCCUUCAUGAUCCUCAAUUCAUCCCCAGAGGUGCCAGAGUCUCGGAGAAGGACCAUUUUCGAGUACCACCGUGUGGAACUGGACUCCAGCAAGAUCACCAACACAUCGGCUGUGGAGUUCACCCCAUUACCAACUUGCCUCCAGCAUCGGAGCUGCGACACCUGCAUGUCCUCAAACCUGACCUUCAACUGCAGCUGGUGCCAUGUCCUGCAGAGAUGUUCCAGUGGCUUUGACCGCUACCGCCAGGAGUGGUUGGCCUAUGGCUGUGCCCAGGAGGCGGGGGGCAGGAUGUGUGAGGACUUCCAGGAUGAGGGCCACUACUCAGCCUCCCCUGACAGCUCCUUCGGCCCCUUUGAUGGGGACCGCACCACCUCUUCCUCCUUCUUCAUCGACAGUCUCACUACAGAAGAUGACACCAAAUUGAAUCCCUACGCAGGAGGAGAUGGACUUCAAGACAACUUGUCCCCAAAGACCAAGGGUCCUCCUGUCCACCUGGGCACCAUCGUGGGCAUCGUGCUGGCUGUGCUCCUGGUAGCAGCCAUCAUCCUGGCUGGGAUUUACAUCAGUGGCCACCCUAACUCCAAUGCUGCACUCUUCUUCAUCGAGCGGAGACCUCACCACUGGCCAGCCAUGAAGUUCCGCAACCACCCUAGCCACUCCACCUACACAGAGGUCGAGCCCUCAGGCCACGAGAAGGAGGGCUUCAUGGAGGCCGAUCAGUGCUGAGAGCACCAGGCCAAUGACCUGGGGGGCAGCAUGAAAGUAAGCCACAGCAACGAGAAGUGAUUUUUCCUGCCCUCCUCCGAGCUGGCCGUGCAUGGGCCAAGAAGACAACAGCUUAUGUGGCCAAAGGCAUAGUUUGGCCCUCACACCCCAGAUAAAAGGGGUAUGGUAACACAAUCAUGAGGGUUUCUUAAAGGAACACUAACCUCAGAGUUCCCUGUUCCGACGGAAGGAGGCUCCUUUUUGGGAUCUCUCGAUGGUCUGCACUGUAGCUAUUGAAGAGCCCCUCCCCACUGGAGACAGCCUGGUCACUGAAGCUCCAGCUGGGGCUACUACAUUCUAGGGUCAAUAGACUCAAGGGCUGGUCUUCCCAGCUAUGGAGUCAGUGCACUUGGCUCCAAACUCUGUGGCUCCUGAAGAAGGGGUCCCCUCCAUCCCUUGAGACAAACCAAAGGAGAGGAGAGAAAAAGAGCCUUGGGGAACUUGUGUUUCCUGGCCUUGGUCCUUUGCGCCAUUUCUGCAGAGAUCCUGGGCUGACACGGGAACGCUGAACCAGGCUGCCCGGCCCUGCCUCUCAGUCUCCACCUUGCAAGCCGGUCUUGCAUGACUGCCAGUAAGGAGUGGGCCGCUUACUCUACCAUGUGUCUGGUGGCCGCUUUACUUGCUGGCCUGUUCUGUUGUCCAUGCCAGUCGUUGCCUUCAAAGAGAGGAACAACUUGCUGGCUCAUAUUUCUCCUUGGUUGACCUGGGUGGGGGCUUUUGUAACCGUUACAAAACAAACAGGUGGUUAGAGGUUUCCUUGAGACACCUCUGCCUCGGCAGCAGGGGGCUCCCUUUGGAUGGUGUUGAAGCACAGCUACCAUGAAUAUAGGGCAGAGAAACUUGGCAUGGGAGGGAGGGACCUUGACCUGGAGAUUGGCCUCCAUCUUUUUGGCUCUACAAAUAGCUUUGUGGGCAGGGAGCUGCUGCUCCCCUACUUAGCCUGGUUUUAAGGGACUUCUGUCCCUGUGAUGGGCAGGACUGCAUCCGAAGAACAAAGACAAUCUAGAGCUCACCCCCCUCCAAAUAAGUACCAUCAGCAAAUAAAUAUGUCACAGCCCCCA